CGAUAAAGAGGAAAGUAACAGCAAGAGAAACUGGAAAACAGAAACAAAUACACAGUCAGAGAGAGAGAGAGAGAGAGAGAGAGAUUGAGAAUGGCGAGUUGUGGUUGUGGUGUCGGUGAGGAAGUGAGGAACAAGCAGGUGAUAUUGAGGGAAUACGUGUCUGGUUUUCCAAAGGAGUCGGACAUGUCUGUAAGAAGUGUAACCAUGAAGCUGAAGGUUCCGACGGAGGACUCCAACAUGAACAAGGCGAUACAUCAGCCAUUACGUGGGUUUGGGGUGGCCAGAGUUUUGGAAUCGAAAAACCCAGACUACAAGAAAGGUGACUUGAUCUGGGGCACAACCGGAUGGGAAGAGUACAGUCUUAUCGCGGAAAAGGAAGCCCUCUUUAAAAUCCAGCACACUGAUGUGCCCCUUUCCUACUACACUGGAAUUCUUGGUAUGCCUGGUUUGACUGCUUUUGCCGGUUUCUACGAAAUUUGUUCUCCCAAGAAAGGAGAAUAUGUCUUCAUUUCUGCAGCAUCCGGUGCAGUUGGUCAGCUGGUUGGGCAAUUUGCAAAGCUGAUGGGUUGUUAUGUUGUUGGAAGUGCUGGAAGUAAAGAAAAGGUUGAUCUGCUUAAGAACAAGUUUGGAUUUGAUGGGGCUUUCAAUUAUAAGGAAGAAAAUGACUUGGAUGCUGCUUUGAAAAGGUUCUUCCCUGAAGGCAUUGACAUCUACUUUGAGCAUGUUGGGGGGAAAAUGCUUGAUGCUGUGCUAGUUAACAUGAGAGACCAUGGCAGGAUUGCUGUAUGUGGAAUGAUCUCACAAUACAAUCUUGAUAAGCCUGAAGGUAUUCACAACUUGAUGUGCAUUGUUUAUAAGAGGAUCCACAUAAAGGGAUUUGCGGUCUUUGAUUACUUUGAUCUCUAUCCUAAGUUCUUGGAUGUAGUGCUACCGUAUAUCAGACAAGGGAAGAUAGUGUAUGUAGAGGAUAUAGCCGAAGGACUUGAGAGUGGCCCGGCAGCUCUGGUAGGGCUCUUCAGUGGCCGCAAUGUCGGGAAACAAGUAGUUGUGGUUUCUCAUGAGUGAUCUAGACUUCUUUUUUUAUGUCCUUUUGCAACUGUUGUGUCGAGUUUCAUGUCCGAAUGCGUUUGAUAUCUAGUGAUUCACCUAUUUGUGGUAUGAGAAAGCUGUGUCUGUAUCAAGGGUCAGGUUUAGGGUUUGUUGUCUGUUACGGGAAAUGUACCAUCUAACUAAUGGAUGGUAUAUAAUUUUUCAUUAAGAAAAGUGUUUUCGAUAAAUCCUAACUAAGUAUAUACUGCUGUUUCCAUCACUUAUGAAUGUGA